AUGCUUAAGAUUGGGCACGAGGUAGUCCGUCCCGGAAGGCACUGGGGAGACUCCAACGUCACGAUUCCGGUUCCGGAAGAACUGGAAACCACUCCUGGAAUUCCGCUGACCGCCCGGGAGGUUGACUGGUACGCCCGCGAGUAUCCGCUGGAAACCAUGAACAUCACCGAGCGCGCUUCCCGCGACUGGGCCAACACCCUGCGCGACCUCCACGCCGAGAUGCGUGAGAUCCGCAAGGAGCAUGACAAGCUCAACAGCAACCUCAUCAUGGCCGCCCGGUCCACCGCCGAGAUGGACCCCACCGCUGAGCCUAACGGCGAGGACAUCUCCCAGUUGGUCAAGGACAAGGCCCGCCAGCUCGGUUACCUGGAAGUCGGCAUCACGUCCUUCGACCCGCGCUACGACUACAAGAGCAAGCGUGGCUUCACCAUCAUGCCCCACGCCAUCUGCUUGGCGUACGAGCAGGACUUCGAGCCCACCCAGACCAUCCCCAGCGUUGACGCUGAGAUCGUGCACUCCAGCACGUAUCGCACGCAGGCAGCGGCUGGCUUGGAACUGGGUAACUUCAUCCGUUCCAUGGGCUACAAGGCGCACGUCAUCCACUCCAGUGACGCCACCGGCCCGGUGAUCCCCAUGUUCGUCGCCGCCGGCCUCGGCCAGCUGGGCGCCUGCGGCUACCUGCUGUCCCCGCACACCGGCAACCGCAUGCGGCUGAUGAUGGUCACCACCGACGCCAACGUCACCUAUGACGCUCCCGUCGACUACGGCAUCCACGCGUUCUGCCAGGUGUGCCAGGUCUGCGUGAACCGCUGCCCGGGCCGCGCCCUGAUGCGCGACAAGAUCUGGUGGCGUGGAAUUGAGAAGAACAAGCUCUACUUCAAGCGCUGCCGCCCGGUCAUGGCUCGCUACCUCGGCUGUGGCGUGUGCAUGAAGGUCUGCCCGAUCCAGAAGUAUGGCCUGAAGAACACCAUGGAGCACUACGCCGCGACCGGCCAGGUCCUCGGCAAGGGCACCCAUGACCUCGAAGGUUACAACCUGGAAGGCAAGGGCUACUUCGGCCCCGGCGAACUCCCCGUCUUCGAUCGCGGUUUCUUCGAUAUGCCGCACGGCAACUCCGACGAGUGGGCUUUCGACUCCAUGAAGGAAGCCGCCCGCGACAACGAGGGCGAGAUCCCCGACGACAUGCUGGACGACCUCAAGCUCCAGAUCCAGCGCGCCAUUGCCCUGCAGUCCGGUGACGUCCUGCAGAUGAUGGCAGAGGACCAGGACUACAUCUAG